AUGGCUGCUCGGCCCGUUGAGGACCCCCCUGAAUCCUAUAGGUCUUGGGCCCCUUCUAGCGAAGCUAUUUCUAUACCCCCGCGGAGGAACUGCAGAAACUGCUGCAGCAGCAGCAGCAGCAGCAGCAGCAGCAGCAGCAGCAGCAACACCACCAUCACCAUCAGCAGCAACACCAUCACCAUCACCACCACUAUCAUCAACAGCAGCACCAUCACCAUCAGCAGCAGCAGCAGCAACAGCAGCAGCAGCAAGAGCAGCAGCAGCACCAUCACCAUCACCAUCAGCAGCAACAGCAGCAGCAGCAGCAGCAGCAGCAGCAAGCAUGUGUGUUUUGUUUUUUUGCAUGCAGCAUCUCUCGUUGACCUAACUGUAUCUGAUAUGACAUCUGCUGUACCCUUGGGGGCCCCCGGGGGCCCCCCGGCGAGAGCUGCUGCAGCGGGCAGCAGCAGCAGCAGCAGCAGCAGCAGCAGCAGCAGCAGCAGCAGCAGCAAGCUGCUGGUGAUAGCAGCGAUAGCACCAGUGAUAGAAGCAAUAGACGAUUCAGCUCCCCUCUACCGCAGCAGCACGAGCCAGCAGCAGCAGCAGCAGCAGCAGCAGCAGCAGCAGCAGCAGCAACAGCAGCAGCAGCAGCAGCACCACCUGAAGCAACUGAAACAACAGCAGCAACACCAGCAGCAGCAGCAACCUCUACCGCAGCAGCACGAGCCAGCAGCAGCAGCAGCAGCAGCAGCAGCAGCAACAGCAGCAGCAGCAGCAGCAGCAGCACCACCUGAAGCAACUGAAACAACAGCAGCAACACCAGCAGCAGCAGCAGCAGCAGCAGCAAGCAGCAGCAAACACCCAACCAGCAACCAUAGUGCUUACACAACCCAUAGGAAACCACCGGGGGGCCCACCGGGGGGCCCCCCUGGGGGCCCCCCAGAGGGGCCCCCAGGGGGCCCCCCUGAGGGUUCAAAGGGCUGGUCGAAGCGAGCGCAUGCAGCAGCCAGCAGCAGCAGCAGCAGCAACAGAUGCAGCAGUUAG